CGCCUAAAGUUAGAGGACAUCGAUAAGUCAGAGCUGAAUUUGCACUCACUUGCCCAGGAUUACGCAGAAAGACAACUCGAUUACCUACCUGAUGGCGCACAUAAGCCAAAAAAUAUGAAUAAAAAGGAGAAAGAAGAGGAAAUGGCACUAGACAGAGAUGUUCACAAAAUGUCCGACGAUUUACGAAUUCCAAGCAGAUCAGCCAAGAGAACCUUCUAUCAUGAUAAAGGUUGGCGGUGGCCAAACAGAACAAUUCAUUAUGUCAUUGAUUAUCCAUCCUUUGAUCCUUACCAGACACAAGCGGAAGACAAAAUUAAAUCGUCGCUGGCUCUUUUUGAGGCUGCAGCCUGUAUACACUGGGUAGAAGUAACAGAGGCUACCACAACUAACAAUUAUAUCAAGUUCUUUGGAAACACAACUUCAUGUGCUUCAUAUGUGGGAUACAUUAGAAGAACGGAGCAAAAAAUUUGGCUCGGACCUGGAUGUUUAUGGACAUCCAUUGUUCUGCACGAAGUUCUUCAUGCUCUGGGGGCCUGGCACGAACAACAGAGGACUGACAGAGAGGAAAACAUAUGUGUUCUUUUCGAAAACAUUAAACCAGGUGCUGUGGGGAACUUUGAGAGACAGCACAUACAUGAAUAUGCCCCCUACAAUCUUGGAUCCGUUCUUCAAUAUGGUUUAUCUAGUUUUGCAAAACAAUCAGGUCUCCAGACAAUGCAACUGCCGGACAACGAUUUGGCCUAUCUCAUCACAAACAGUAAAGACGAUCUGUCCUUCUACGAUAAACUCAACGUCAACAUGUAUUAUGAAUGUCCAGCAACAUGCUCGUUGACUUGUAAUAAUGGUGGAUUUGCCAAGAUGAACUAUCUUGGUGUCUGUUCAUGCGAGUGCCCAGAUGGUCUGACGGGAGCAGACUGUUCCGAGCUAGACACUUCUAAUAGUUGUGGAGGAAUCAUUGACUUAGCAUCACCGGGAUCCAGUCAAUAUGUCGAAAUGACGUCAUACACAACAAAUCUUCUCUGUACCUGGCUGAUAAAGGCUCCACUGAAGACUGUGGUGAGGGCUACAAUUGAAUACCUUGACUUACCUGACAGCUCCAAUAAUAACUGCUUGCACUUCCUCAUCUUUAAGGACUAUAUGAUUGGAGAGCCUGGAAAACAGGCAUGCGGAAAUACUCCAGGUGCCGUGUACAAUAAACAUCUUCUUGGGGAUGAAAACAUGAUGAUGAUUCGUUUUGACAGCGUUACCUUUCCGCAAGUUUCCCCUGGCACCGGUUUUCGCGUCAAGGUAGAGGCCAUUCCUUCAGGUUGCUAUAGCCACCCGUGUAAGUUUGGUGCCACCUGUCACGAGGGGACUUCAGCUGACCAGUACACCUGCACAUGUCCUGAGGGAUUCUCUGGACAAAACUGUGAUUAUGUCACAGCCGAUGCAACAGUGAGGUCUACUUUUGAUAAAGAUUACACUGGUAGUAUUUUUCAACAAGAUCCCACAUCGCAAUUUUGGUGGAGUAUUGUAUCGCAAAAAAAUUUUGACGGUACUACCGUAUAUCCUCAUUCCGGAACAUUAUUCGCCACCAUGGUUCCCUACCUCACCGUGUUCUACCUCUAUUACACAACCAAACUCCGAACAGAAGCCACAUUUGAAGCUACAGAACGUUGCCUGAACAUCACUUAUAUUAUGGACAACAAGACUGAUCCUAACUACCCACAAUACUACACCAAAUUAAUAGUCACAGUCCUGGACGGGGAAAGCGUACUCAACGAAUACACCAUCGCUGGUGGUACAGACAUAAUAUGGCGGCACAAACUUGUGGAUUUACCAGCUGUCAAUAAUCUAAAGGUUGAGAUAACUGGUGUUUAUGGGUGGAACACAUUUGGAAUGGAUGACCUGCUUAUAUUGCCGAGUUCCUGUGGUUGUGUUAACCAUCAAUGCGUUAAUGGACAGUGUAUUCCCAGUGGUGAGACGUACACGUGCCAAUGCGAUGCUGGGUAUUCUGGAAAUUAUUGUGAAAACACUGAUGCAGUAGAUGGUGGCUAUACAGAGUGGACUGCAUGGAGCACGUGCACCAAUUCCUGUGGUGGAGGAACCCAAACACGUACACGCACGUGCACUAACCCAGAACCCUCAAAUGGCGGAGCUGACUGUGAGGGGGAGAGUAGUCAGACACAGAGUUGUAAUGAUAUAUUGUGUCCAAUUGAUGGUGGCUACACAGAAUGGUCAGCGUGGGGCGCGUGCUCUGUAACAUGCGGUGAUGGUGUCCAGACUCGUACACGCACGUGCACAAACCCAGCUCCAGCACACGGAGGAGCAGAUUGUGUCGGAGAAGAUAGUCAGACGCAGAAUUGUACUGCCAGCGCAUGCCCUGUUGACGGUGGUUACACUGAGUGGUCAGCAUGGAGCAGCUGUUCGGUCUCGUGUGGUGAGGGUGUCCAAACUAGAACACGCACCUGCACAAACCCGGCUCCGCAAAAUGGCGGGGCUGAUUGUGUAGGAGAGGAUAGCCAGACACAAAGUUGUACGGAAGGCGCAUGUCCCAUUGAUGGAGGCUUCACUGAUUGGUCUGUAUGGAGCACGUGUACGGUUUCCUGUGGCGGUGGCACUCGAACACGUACACGCACGUGUACAAACCCGGCUCCAGAAAAUGGGGGCGCUGAUUGUGUAGGAGACAGGAGUCAGACGGAGAAUUGUAAUACUCAGGAAUGUCCGAUAGACGGAGGUUUCACUGAGUGGUCUGUUUGGAGCACCUGCACGGUAUCCUGUGGUGGAGGAACCCAAACACGUACACGCACGUGCACCAACCCAGAACCAUCAAAUGGGGGAGCCGACUGUGAAGGAGAAAAUAGUCAGACUCAAAACUGUAACACGGCGGGAUGUCCAAUUACUUCUUCCAAGUGUGAUUUUGAGGAAGAAAUUGAAACUAACUGCUUCCUGAAGGAGGGAAUUAAUGACGAUUUUGAUUGGACAAGGCAAAGUGGAGGAACCAAAACUCGUCGCACAGGACCGGGUCUAGCAUAUUCAGGUUACUUCUACAAAUAUAUAGAAGCUAAUGGAAAGGAACCAUACAGCACAGCAGAAUUGGUCAGCAACGGAGUUUUUGCUGAUGCGACCUACUGCUUUGAGUUUUACAACCACAUGAAAGGAAAGCACAUUGGUUCCCUGGAGGUGAUAACAGUUGAAGGUGGAAUCGAAAACGUCAUCGACCGUCUGGACACUUCCAGAAAGGGCUGGGUGAAGUAUUACACGACCCUGCAGCUCAACAGUCAGACACAACUUAUCAUUCGAGGAACGAGAGGGUCUGGGAAUAAAGGGGACAUCGCCGUGGACAACGUCUCUAUUUCUAUUUGUUAAUUUUGUCAGUUCACCAACAGAUUGAACACUUUUUAGAUGUGUAUUUUUAUAAAAUGGAUCGAUUUAGAUUCCUAAAAAAGAUAUAUUAUUGUAUUAAAGCAUCAAUUUGCUACUAGUAAAAGAAUGUGAUCAAUGUACCAAGUUUUUCUUAACUUAUACAA